AGGAGAUGACCGGAGACUGCGGACACAGUACAGGAGAUGACCAGAGACUGCGGACAUAGUACAGGAGAUGACCGGAGACUGCGGACACAGUACAGGAGAUGACCAGAGACUGCGGACACAGUACAGGAGAUGACCAGAGACUGCGGACAUAGUACAGGAGAUGACCAGAGACUGCGGACACAGUACAGGAGAUGACCAGAGACUGCGGACAUAGUACAGGAGAUGACCAGAGACUGCAGACAUAGUACAGGAGAUGACCAGAGACUGCGGACACAGUACAGGAGACGACCGGAGACUGCGGACAGUACAGGAGAUGACCAGAGACUGUGGACACAGUACAGGAGAUGACCAGAGACUGCAGACAGUACAGGGGAUGACCAGAGACUGCGGACAUAGUACAGGAGAUGACCAGAGACUGCGGACACAGUACAGGAGAUGACCAGAGACUGCGGACACAGUACAGG